CUGCUGCUGCUGCUGCUGCUGCCGCCGCUGCUGCUGCCGCCGCCGCCCGCCGCCGCCUUCAACCUGGCGGCGUCGCGGCCCGCGGCUUUCCGCGGCGCCCCCGGCUCCCUCUUCGGCUUCGCCGUGGACUUCUACCUCCCGCGGCCCCGCAGCUUCAGCAUCCUGGUGGGUGCCCCCAAGGCCAACACGAGCCAACCCAACGUCACCCAGGGCGGCGCCGUCUACUACUGCCCCUGGCAGCCCGACGCCGGCGCCUGCAGCCCCAUCGAGUUCGACCACGUCGGCACCCGCACCCACGACUUCGGGGGCAACAGCAGCGACGCCGUGGAGUUCAAGUCGCUGCAGUGGUUCGGGGCCACCGUGCGCGCCCACAACAACUCCAUCCUGGCCUGCGCCCCACUGUACAGCUGGCGCACGGUGAAGGAGGAGCCGGGCCGGGACCCCGUGGGCACCUGCUUCCUCUCCGUGGGCAACUUCUCCAAGUUCGUGGAGUACGCGCCCUGCCGCUCUGACCUCAACUCGGAGGCCGGGCAGGGCUAUUGCCAGGGGGGCUUCAGCGCCGAGUUCACCCAGACGGGGCGGGUGCUCCUGGGGGGCCCCGGCAGCUACUUCUGGCAAGGCCAGGUGAUCUCGGCGACGCAGGAGCAGAUCGCGGCCGCCGACUUCCCCGACUACCUGAUCCAGGAGGUGGCCGGGCAGCUGCAGACGCGCCAGGCCGCCGGCACCUACGACGACAGCUACAUGGGCUACUCGGUGGCCGUGGGCGAGUUCAGCGGGGACGAGACCCAAGACUUCGUGGCCGGCGUGCCCAAGGGCAACCUCACCUACGGCUACGUCACCAUCCUCAACGGCACCAAUAUGAGGUCCCUGUACAACUUCUCGGGGGAGCAGAUGGCCGCCUAUUUCGGCUACGCCGUGGCCGCCACGGACGUCAACAGCGACGGGCUGGACGACCUGCUGGUGGGCGCCCCGCUGUUCAUGGAGCGGACGGCGGAGGGCCGGGUGCAGGAGGUGGGCAGGGUGUACCUGUACCUGCAGCGCCCGGCGGGCGCCCGGCCCCCCGGCGCGCCCCCCGCGCCCGCCCUGGCCCUCACCGGGCGCCAGGAGUUCGGGCGCUUCGGCAGCGCCGUCGCCCCCCUGGGCGACCUCGACCAGGACGGCUACAACGACGUGGCCGUCGGGGCGCCCUUCGGGGCGGAGGGCCGCCAGGGCGUGGUGUUCGUGUACAACGGGGGCGCGGGCGGGCUGCACCCCGAGCCCUCGCAGGUGCUGCGCGGCCACUGGGCGCCCGGCCACGCGCCCGACUUCUUCGGCUCGGCCCUGCGCGGCGCCAAGGACCUGGACGGCAACGGCUACCCGGACCUCAUCGUGGGUGCCUUCGGCGUGGACACAGCCGUGGUGUAUAGGGGCCGCCCCAUCGUCUACGCCAGCGCCUCGCUCAGCAUCUUCCCCACCAUGUUCAACCCCGAGGAGCGGGGCUGCGCCCUCGAGGACACCGGCCUCCUCGUGCCCUGCAUCAACCUGAGCUUCUGCCUCAACGCCUCGGGGAAGCACGUGCCCAGCUCCAUCGGCUUCACCGUGGAGCUGAGCCUGGACGGGCAGAAGGCCAAGGGCGCCGUGAAGCGGGCGCUCUUCCUCGCCGGGCGCCAGCCCACCCUGACGCUGCCCCUGGCCGUCCCCAACGGCGCCGGCGCCCAGUGCCGCGACAUGAAGGUCUACCUGCGGAACGAGACGGAGUUUCGGGACAAGCUGUCGCCCAUCCACGUGGCGCUGAGCUUCGGCCUCGACCCGCGGGCGCCCGAGGACCGGCACGGGCUGCGGCCCAUCCUGGACCACCGGGCUCGCACCCGCAUCGAGCAGAAGGCUCACAUCCAGCUGGACUGCGGUGAGGACAACAUCUGCGUGCCCGACCUGCAGCUGGAGGUUUUCGGGGACCGCCGCGCCGUCUACCUGGGCGACCGCAACAGCCUCAACCUGACGUUCAACGCCCGCAACCAGGGCGAGGGGGGCGCCUACGAGGCCGAGCUGCACGUGCGGCUGCCCCCCCCGGCCGAGUACACCGGGGUGCUGCGGCAGCACGGGAACUUCUCCCAGCUGAGCUGCGAGUUCGAGCGGGCGAACGGGUCGAGCACCGUCGUCUGCGACCUGGGCAACCCCAUGAAGGCGGGCGCCAGCCUGUGGGGGGGGCUGCGCUUCACCGUGCCCCGCCUGGGCGACGGCAGCAAGAGCAUCCGCUUCGAGCUGCAGAUCCGCAGCAAGAACGCCAACAACUCGCGGAGCCCGCUGGUGGCCUUCCCGCUGGAGGUGCGGGCGGCCACCCGCCUCUCCUCCUACGGCGUCUCCCGGCCCGAAGCCGUGACCCUCCCCAGCGGGGGGACGCCGUGGCGGGCGCCCCAGCAGGAGCAGGACGUGGGGCCCGAGGUGGAGCACGUCUAUGAGGUGGUGAACGAGGGCCCCAGCGCCAUCAGCCACGGCACCCUGGAGCUGCGCUGUCCCCUGAGCCACCGCGGCAAGCCCCUGCUGCUCGUCACCGGCCACUCGGGACCCCCCAACUGCUCCGCCAGCCACCCCCUGGGCACCCUGCCCCCCCGGCUGGAGCAGAGCGCGGAGCAGCACCCGGUGCAGCGGCGGGAGGCGGCGCGGGGCGGCAGCCCCCACGUUCUGAGGUGCCCGGAGGCCGAGUGCUUCCGGCUGAGCUGCCCCAUGGGGGGGCUGGAGCGGCAGCAGCGGGUGAGCCUGCGCCUGGCCUUCCGCGUCUGGGCCGCCUCCUUCCCCCAGAGGGAGGCGCCGGCGCCGGCGCUGCGCUGCGAGGCCGAGUACCAGGUUCACCGGCUGCCCUACCGCAUCCGGCCCCAGCACUACCCCAGCGAGCGCCUGCAGGUGGCGACGGGGCUGCAGUGGGCGGCGGCGGGGGGCGGCGGCGGGGUGCCCGUGUGGAUCGUGGUCGUGGCCGCGCUGCUGGGGCUGCUGCUGCUGGCGCUGCUCAGCUACGGCCUCUACAAGCUGGGCUUCUUCAAGCGCUCGCUGCCCUACGGCACCGCCAUGGAGAAGGCGCAGCUCAAGCCCCAGGCGGCCUCCGAGGCCUAAGGGCGCCCGGCGGCGCCGGCGCCGGCAGCGGGCGCCACCGCCGCCCGGCGCA